AUGGUGACUUUACUGCCUCCUCCACUGCACUCAAUCUCCUCCACUGCACUCAGUCUCCUCCACUGCACUCAAUCUCCUCCACUGCACUCAGUCUCCUCCACUGCACUCAGUCUCCUCCACUGCACUCAAUCUCCUCCACUGCACUCAGUCUCCUCCACUGCACUCAAUCUCCUCCACUGCACUCAGUCUCCUCCACUGCACUCAAUCUCCUCCACUGCACUCAGUCUCCUCCACUGCACUCAAUCUCCUCCACUGCACUCAGUCUCCUCCACUGCACUCAAUCUCCUCCACUGCACUCAGUCUCCUCCACUGCACUCAGUCUCCUCCACUGCACUCAAUCUCCUCCACUGCACUCAGUCUCCUCCACUGCACUCAAUCUCCUCCACUGCACUCAGUCUCCUCCACUGCACUCAAUCUCCUCCACUGCACUCAAUCUCCUCCACUGCACUCAGUCUCCUCCACUGCACUCAAUCUCCUCCACUGCACUCAAUCUCCUCCACUGCACUCAAUCUCCUCCACUGCACUCAAUCUCCUCCACUGCACUCAAUCUCCUCCACUGCACUCAAUCUCCUCCACUGCACUCAAUCUCCUCCACUGCACUCAGUCUCCUCCACUGCACUCAGUCUCCUCCACUGCACUCAGUCUCCUCCACUGCACUCAAUCUCCUCCACUGCACUCAAUCUCCUCCACUGCACUCAGUCUCCUCCACUGCACUCAAUCUCCUCCACUGCACUCAAUCUCCUCCACUGCACUCAGUCUCCUCCACUGCACUCAAUCUCCUCCACUGCACUCAAUCUCCUCCACUGCACUCAAUCUCCUCCACUGCACUCAAUUUCCUCCACUGCACUCAAUCUCCUCCACUGCACUCAGUCUCCUCCACUGCACUCAGUCUCCUCCACUGCACUCAGUCUCCUCCACUGCACUCAAUCUCCUCCACUGCACUCAGUCUCCUCCACUGCACUCAGUCUCCUCCACUGCACUCAAUCUUCUCCACUGCACUCAGUCUCCUCCACUGCACUCAGUCUCCUCCACUGCACUCAGUCUCCUCCACUGCACUCAAUCUCCUCCACUGCACUCAGUUUCAAUACUGUUUAG